CCAUGCCGUUUAUGUUGAUAUCAAGGUUGGCGUCACAAGUGCUAAUUCAUUUACACCUAACGAUACUAAAGCGAAUAACGGUGAUAUUCUUCGCUUUCUGUUCGAUGGUGUACAAUCUAAUGUGGUUCAAUCUGAUGGUCCUGCAGGCGUUGCGAGUUGCAAAAAUCCAAAAU